AUGUAUUCCCGUAAAGGCUUCGGACCUUCAAAGGAUGCAACCUAUAGUAGAUCUGACGAAGAUACGCACGACGGAUACACACCACAGCAGCAAGAGCAAUACACCAAAUACUUGAGGAAAUUAAAGAAUGAUUUCGAUGAGAAAUGGUGCAAAAGAACCAAAAAAAUUUUUGAUUUAACCGAACUGGAAAGAGUAAAAACUCUUGGUACAGGAGCUUUUGGCAGAGUUAUAUUAUUAAAGCAUGCAACAACCUAUAAACUUUACGCAAUGAAAGUGUUGGAAAAAGAAAAGAUAGUAAAGAUGAAACAGGUUGAGCACACACUUAACGAAAAACGCAUUCUUGAAGCUAUCAGGUUUCCCUUCACAGUUUACAUGGAAUUCAGCUUCAAGGAUAACAGCUAUGUAUAUUUUAUUAUGCCAUUCGUACAAGGCGGUGAAAUGUUUACCCAUCUUCGACGAAUGGGUAAGUUCGAAGAGCCAUUAGCAAAAUUUUACGCUAGCCAAGUAGUUUUGGCCUUGGAAUAUAUGCAUUUCUGUAACCUAGUUUACCGCGACCUGAAACCCGAAAACAUUCUUGUCGACAGAUCGGGGUAUUUGAAAAUAACUGAUUUUGGAUUUUGCAAAAUAUUACAAGGAAGAACUUGGACUUUGUGUGGGACGCCAGAAUACUUAGCUCCUGAACUUAUCUUGAGUAAAGGGUAUGGGUUCUCUGUAGACUGGUGGUCCUUUGGGGUACUUUUAUACGAAAUGAACGCAGGUUACCCGCCUUUCUACGCAAACGAGCCAAUGAAGACAUAUGAGAAAAUUGUAGGGGGUAAAUACAGAUGUCCUUCAAGCUUUUCCAGCGAUCUAAGAGAUUUAAUCAGAAAUAUUCUCCAAGUUGAUAUAACCCAUCGUUUUGGUGUGAUGAAAAACGGAGUUAUGGAUUUCAAGAACCAUAGGUGGUUUAAAGGUCUCGAAUGGGAGUCUAUUCUCAACUGCAGGACGAAUCCUCCUUUUGUUCCUAAAUACAAAGGACCAGGUGACACCACAAACUUUGAUAGAUACGACGAUGAGCCCAUAACACCAGGUUCUCAUUGCAUAUACAAGGCGGAGUUCUACGAGUUUUAAUUAUUGAAAUAUUUAUUGUUAUGACUUUUUUAAAAUUAAA